CAGAAAUCCGGUGCUGAAUGGACAUCGCUGGAAACUUGUCAAGAUUGCCUCAUUUCCCACAAGGUGCUGUUUCAAUUGCACCCACUGAGGGGCGGAUUUAUUUAAAUAUAUUGAUCUGAAUUUGAACUCUCAUCUUUAAAUCUCAAGGUUCACCCAUCAUUACUUGUUUUCAGUGUGUCAAGCAAGAUCGAGAAGUUGUAACGAUCGCAUUCAGGAUUGGACAGGUGAUUCUUUCUUAAAUUAGAUCGUUUUAAUCUGUUCACUUCAUCUGGUCCGAUUAGACGUUUACCCGCCAUGAUCACAUGAUCAGAAUUGCUUGCAUCACUCUUCAUUGCAUGGCUAAUUGUAAAAGGUUGCAUCUCAAGCUGACAUCGAUGCCAAUGACGUCAUCGUCUCACUCAUUUCGAAACUUCUUUUAUUUAUUGAAUCGGAUGAGAUCAUUCGUGCAAUUUGAGAAGUUAUUCGCUUUGACUCGCUUGAUGAUUUGCCUUCGUUUGGAUGUGCGUGGUGUAUAAUUAUCUUAACGCUACUGACCGGCUAUGCCAGUCAAGAACUACCAAAUAGGAAUUGCAUGUUUAUCUUUGUAGAGUACAAGAGAAAAAACGACUACGUGAAAUAUUAUUGGCGUGACUGCAAUUAGCGUUUGUUCAGGUUUCGACUUGCUUAGUUUAUUUCACUUUGUCUUCCUCACCUCAAGACGUUAAGGAGGUUUCAUCGAACUAUACAAUAACUUGUUCACCUUGAUGUACAACUGUAGAUUGCUGUAAAAAAGUGACAAAGUUGUAAACGACCGAACUGUAAUCGACCGACAUCUACACGAAGUUUUCUUCCCAGUUCACGCCUAAACCACCUGGCAUCUGGCUGUACGCCAUGUUGUUACUUCUCGUCGUCUUACUCUGUGGGGCGGGAAGCGUUUCUCGCGUCAGCUCUCUCGCGGAUGGCGAGACUUGUGAGCUGUCACACGGCGAGACUACCAUAGAUGUCGAGGUGGUGGACGAUAACCUUCAAAGAACUCUUCGAUGUCGGAAACGAGUUCAGGUGAACCAAUGCGAGGGUAAAUGCAUAUCACAGGUGUCUCCUACCGUCUUACAACAUGGCUUUGAUAAGAAAUGUCACUGUUGCAGAGAACAUGGGAUGGUUCACAAGAAGGUUGUCAUGACAAACUGCUACGAUCACGCCCUAGGAAUCACAGAUCCAGAUUUCACUCACCAAGUGACUCUAAAACAACCCGAAGCCUGCCGUUGCCAGAUCUGUACAUUCUAAGAUUUUCCCAUAUUCGGUUUUUACUAUAUUUGUUCACUGAGAGGUUUUCCUAUGUAUUAUGUCCUUCAUAAUUGUAUGUAUUGUAAAUGAUUUUAAUGUUGGUGUUUGGAAAGUAAAGGACCUUUGUUUUUCAUAAUUAAUUAAUCAAUGAUUCAUUUUAUAAUGAUGUCAUUCUGACAUAUUUCUUUUUGUAAAAUGCUGCAUGAACAUGAGUAAGGCUUUAUCAAAACAUUAAAUGACCUAUCAACACUUUUAAAACUAAGGCAUGCCAAUAAACAAAAACGAUGAAUGUCCAAUUCAAGAUUUAUUUUGCUAAUAUUAAGCUUCAUUUUAUUUGAAUGACAGGUCAGAUAAAGAUCAUUUUAGACGUCAGGUUUUAAGAUCCUCUUGAAUGUCUCCGAGGAACGCGAGAAAUCAAACCAAUCUAUUGUUUAUCUUUAUCACCAAAAAUACGAAUGUUAGGAAUUUCAAAUGCAGACGUGUACUGUAAUGUUUAAAGCUACUACUCGCUUCAUGUAGGUUUAGUGUCAAGAUUGAUGUAAUUAACACAAUAACUAUGAAAGGAAAGAUAGCAUAACUGUACUCGGGUCAAGGGUUAACGUGAGAUUAGUAGUGCCUUUUUAUGCUGACGGGUUUUAUGAACGCAUUUCAAAACAAAGCAAAAGAAACGACUUCGAACACCCAAAAUUGAUUUUGCUUGAACUGUUCACUAUUCUUUAAACAUGUUUUCGAUGGAUUUAUACACAAUUUCAAUAAUUCUAUUAUAUAUAUUUUUAAUACGAAGUUGAUAAUACUAGUGUGAUUUUAUGGUUAAAGAGUAAUGUGUACAAUACAUGAAGGUGUCCUGUCAUAAAGGGAAUGAUAUCCAGUUAAUCUAUAUUUGAUUAACGGGAAAUUAAACCUUAAUAUCAAAUACUCUGGAGGAAAGUAGGACAAAUCAGAGAAGUAGACUGGGAAAAGUUUUAAUGAAGUCGGACAAAUAUUGAGAAACAAAAUUGGCUGAAUCGGUAAUAUCUCUGCGAUGUAGUAGCGGACAACUCUCCUAUUUGUUCCAAGACACGAAAUUACUCAAAUUUAUAUUUUAUACAAAUUUGUGACUCAGAAAGGUUUAUUCUCUUUGAAGGACCUGUAAUAACAAUAAUAAGCUAUCCAUAAUAUAUUUUUAGUGUUGCAACAAGAGAGAAGGCUCUUAGGAGAAAAACAGAAAUAAAUGAUAUUUUGUACACAACAAAGGGGAGAUUUAUGCGCGAUUACGUCACAGUCUCAUGACCAAACUGCCAAAUUGAGAUUCGCAUAGACUUAUUAGUGAUCUCAUAUUUAAAACGAUGAUAACUUUAUUAUUAUUUGUCCGAUUUAAUUCGUCAUUUUUUGUAUCUUAUUUUCUGCCUUAAUAAAAAUGAACUUAUCACAAGGGAUGGAUUUCCUUUUCAUGUCUUUAACUGAG